AGAAAAAACAACACCAAAAUCUCUCAGAAUUCCCUAAGAAAACAAAACUCGCCCCCAUCAUGGUCGGACCUGCACCAACUAUUGCCUAUCCACUUUCUCCCAACGUGGAUCGUCAUCUGCAACAUUCGCAGCAGGAGCAUCUUACACCAAACACCAUGUCGACCGCUUCAACUACUUCUGCUACCACUAGCGCUCCAUUGACUGGUUCAUCGUCGUCGUUGUCGUCGUCGUCGAGCCUUGGCAUCCGAAUUCUCGCCAUCAAGAGCUCCCCGACCUCUUCGGAGGUCCAGAUUCCUGUGCCGGAGGGCUGCUGGCACUUGGCCGACCACAUCCGCCACCAGUACAACACUUGGACGUCGAGCCGUGCUGCACUGGAUGGCGUUUCAAUGACAUCGUCGGCCUCGGAUUCUGUCGACUACCCGCUUUCGACCGCGUUCGCCAACGCCCAGGCUUCCGCGUCAGCUCCAGUGGGCGGAGCUGCGGCUCACCCCAAUGCCGCCGCGGGUGCCUUGGCCUCUGUGCACGGACCUGCCCCGGCUUCGUCGCAGCUCGUCGUGACUGCCAACUUUUUGGCUUUUGUCACAGACCACUACGGGCAGCACAUGCAACGCGGCGGCCUUGCGACCUCGUCCGCAUUCGCCUUCACCUACGACGUGGCCGCCGCGUCCCACUUUCUCAAGGCGGUUUUUGUCCACUUUUUCGACACGUUUGCGCGCUUCAACGACAUUCACGCGAUUGUCCGCCACCUGCCGGCCGAUAUCGGAACAUGCAUUGUCCAGGUCUUCCUCCAGGCACGCGCGGCCGUGCUGCGUACGGGCUUGCUCAGUCUCGACGAGUGCAAACAUGCCCCUGCCACUCCAGCCCUCUUCAACCGUGUGGCUUCCGGCGACGCUGCCCUGUUCUAUCUUUUUGGAGGCCAAGGCCCCGUCAACCUGCUCGACGAGCUCAAGCGCACAGCCACGACCUAUGGCAGUCUGAUUGGCACUUUGCUUGACACGCUGGCGAACGCCCUGAAUGAGUGCUCCACCUCCCCCGAGGCUCUGGAGGCCGGCUUUUCCUCGCAUGGCAUUGAUGUGCUGGCAUGGCUGCGCACCCCGAGCACCGCUCCGUCCCAGGACGUCAUUCUUUCGGCGCCCGUUUCGUUGCCACUGGUCGGCCUGGUCCAGCUUCUCCACUAUGCCGUGACGAUGCAUCUCUUGGAAGUCACACCGGCCGAAAUGGUUGCCUUGUCUCCCGCAGGCGUCACAGGACACAGCCAAGGUUUGGUUUCUGCCGUGGCCGUGGCUUCCUCGCGCACCAUGACAGAGUUCACUGCCAACGCCGUCAAGACCAUCACGCUCUUGUUUUGGAUUGGGCUGCGUUCGCAGCAAGUCUUCCCCUCGGUCGCCACCAACCCAAAGCUGCUGCAAGACUCGCUGGAUCACGGAGAAGGCGCACCGACCCCAAUGCUGUCCAUUCGAGGUGUCACCGCCGAGUUUGUCGGUCGCCAAGUCACCGCCGUCAACCAGCAUCUUCCGGCAAAUCGCAAGCUGUCCGUCGCGCUUGUCAACGGCCCCACCUCCACGGUCGUUGCCGGUCCUCCCCAGUCGCUUUAUGGUUUGAAUGUGGCACUCCGGAAAAUCAAAGCUGGACCGAACGACGACCAGUCUCGCGUUCCGCACUCGCGGCGCAAGGUGGCCUUUGUCACUCGUUACCUGCAAGUCUCCGUUCCAUUCCACAGCGAGCACUUGACGAACGCACCCGCGCUGAUUGGCACUGACGUUGCUCGCCUGCAGCUGGACUUUGAUCCGUUGGCCUUGAGCAUCCCCGUCUUGUCCGCUCACGAUGGUCGCGAUCUGCGCCACGGCCAGUACCUGCCUCAGACCAAGCCCAGCCCUUCCGGCACGGCGAGCGCUGGGCUCUCUCUGACCAUGACGCUGGUUCAGGAAAUCUGCUGCGAUGCCGUCAACUGGGAAGCGGCCACCAACCCUGGCGCUGUGUCCGUUCAAGUUGCACUGCCUGAGGCGGCCACCGCUGCUGCUCCUCUGACUGCUGGCACCAACGUCAAGGCAGCAGCGGCGGGUGCCACUACCACACCCAUCACUACUUCCACCAGCAUCCCUCUGACUGCUCUGACUGUCAGGCAAAAGCACGCCUUGAACGUCUUCCCUCCCAGCAUCCAAGAAGAGGCCAACGGUAGCCAUGGCGCUCAUCCCAAGCCAGCUGCUGCUCGCCCGACCCCGCCCACAAAGACCGUCGUCGCUUCCGUCACCCACAUGAUUGACUUUGGCCCGGGCGACUCUGCCGGUAUUGGUGGCCUGACGGCCCGAAACAAGCAAGGCCGUGGCAUUCAAAUCAUUCUUGCGGGCGCUGCGGCGACACCCAACAGCGCGCUGUUGCCGCAAUGGUCGUUGCUGGAUAACAGCACACUAUCUGUGCGCUACUCGUCCGACUGGAGUCGAGACUUUGCGCCGCGCCUCGUUCGCACCGCGCACGAUGGCGUGAUUCAUGUAGACACCAAGUUUUCGCGACUGAUUGGCAAGCCUCCACUCAUGAUUGCCGGAAUGACCCCGAGCACGGUGUCAGACCGCUUUGUGGCUGCGUCCAUCAACGCUGGCUUCCACUGCGAGCUUGCAGGAGGCGGCCACUACAAUGAGCGUGCGCUGCGCGACAAGGUGGACAAGAUUCUGGCCCAGGUGCAGCCAGGCGAGGGCAUUACGCUGAAUAUUCUCUUCCUCAACGUCAAGCAGUGGUCGUUCCAAUACCCGCUUGUUCAAGUGAUGCGCAAGGAAGGCUACAACAUGGACGGCAUGUGCAUUGCUGCUGGUGUCCCCUCCCUUGGCAGCGCCAACGAAAUUAUCAGCUCGCUUCACCAAAGCGGCUUCCGCCAUGUGUCGUUCAAGCCCGGCUCGAUUGAGAGCAUUGUGCGUGUCAUUGACAUUGCGAGUGCCAACCCGCAGAUGACCAUCAUUCUGCAAUGGACUGGCGGCCGCGCAGGAGGCCACCACUCGUUUGAAGACUUCCACGCACCGCUUCUCGAGACCUACGGUGCCAUUCGGCAGCAAAGCAACAUUGUGCUGGUUGGUGGCAGCGGCAUGGGUGAUGCGGAAGGCUCGCUCCCGUAUCUGACUGGCGAUUGGUCGGUCAAGUUCAACCAAGCCCCCAUGCCGCUUGACGGCAUUCUGUUCGCCUCCAGGUUGUUGGUUGCCGAGGAGGGCUGCGCCUCGCUCGCCGUCAAGCAAGCCAUUGUCGACGCUCCCGGCAUUCCGGCCGACAAGGAGCUCGAGUGGGAGCGCAGCUACCAGAGCGUGGUCGGUGGCGUUGUCACCGUCACCUCCGAGCUCGGCGAGCCCAUUCACAAGAUUGCCACUCGCGGCGUACUGUUGUGGAAGGAGCUGGACGAGACAGUCUUUUCGCUCCCCAAAGAGAAGCGUCUUGCCGCCUUGCUGUCGCGCAAAGACUACAUCAUUUCCCGUCUGAAUGCCGACUACCAAAAGGUCUGGUUUGGCCGCAAGGCUGACGGUCGCGUGGUGGAUGUGCAGUUCAUGACCUACGAGGAGGUUGUGCGACGCCUCGUCGAGCUGACCUAUGUCAGCCGCCAGUCUCGCUGGAUUGACCCUUCCUUCCGCCGUCUGGUCGCCGACUUUUUGCUGCGCAUUGAAGAGCGCUUUUGCGACUCUACGACUGCCUCUCCGCUGGUCGAGUCUGACGCGGUGCUGGGCUCCAACCCAACGCCCUUCCUCGACCAGUUCUUUAGCACGAGCAAGUACACGGACGCAUGCACGCAGCUCCUGACAUCGGAGGAUGUCUUGUACUUUAUGGCGCUGUGCCAGCGGCCUGGCCAAAAGCCCGUUCCCUUCAUUCCCGUGAUGGACGACAACUUUAUCGUCUGGUUUAAGAAGGACUCGCUUUGGCAAGCCGAAGACAUUGACGCUGUUGUGGAUGCGGAUCCGCAACGCGUGUGCAUUCUGCAAGGUCCGCUUGCUGCCAAGUACUCGAUCAAAGUCAACGAGCCGGUUCGCGACAUUCUGGGUGGCAUUUAUGCCAAGCAUGUCGAGGCCCUCAAGGCCAAGUACUAUGACAACGACGUGGCUGCCAUCCCCACCAUCGAGUACCUCGGUGGCCUGCCCAUCGAGUUCCCCGUUGAGCUCGAGCAGCGCGCCAUCCGCGCGGCUCUCUCUCGCCCAGCAACUGCUGCUACUUUGCCGGUGACGACGACCGGAGCAACUCCUCCUUCGUCCUCCAUCACUGUGGAGUACAUGAUUCCCGAUUCGCAGUCUGGAAGUCUGCCAGAUUCGUCGGCGUGGCUCGAGCUGCUUGCUGGCCGCUCGUACAACUGGCUCCGCGCUCUGCUCACUUCGCCCAGCAUUGCGCAGGGUCGCCUGACCGUAGUCAAUCCUCUUCGGCAGCUCUUCCGACCCCGCGCGGGGCAACGCGUGCAGGUGGUCUUUGAGCGACCCGCGGAUGCAGGUGACUCUGUCACUGCGCCGACGAUGCAGCAACCUUCCACGUCCGAGCUGGCUCGCUGCAAUAUUGUCAGCAUUGCCGUGUUUGGUGGCACGCACGAGCCUCAGCAGCUUGCUCAGCAGCAACCGCCGCAUGCGUCGCGCCCCGUGCGUCGCAGCUCCUUCCUCACUGGACAUGCCCUGCCCGUCGAUCAGCCUGCUUUGGAAGCGCGCAUCCAGGGUUGCAUCAUUGACGUGACCAUCCACGAGAAACGCGUAUCCAAGCCUGGCAACGAUGCCACCGUAUCUCUCGCCCUGCAGUUCAAGUACACACCCCAACAAGGCUGCUGCCCUGUGCACGAGAUCAUGGAAGGCCGCAACGAGCGCAUCAAGGCGUUCUACUAUGAGCUUUGGUUUGGAGAGUCGUACAAGCCGUGGUUUAUGCGCGUGCCUGCAUCGCUCCCUCAGCCCGCCCUGCCUGGCGGCUCGCUCUCGUCCGCUGUCGGCAGGUUUGGCUCGCACCCAUUCCUUGGCGCUGCCGCCCAAUCUGCUGCUGCUGCUGCUGCUGCUGCUGCUGCUGCUGCCUCCAGCGACGCGUCGAAGCGUUCUGCAGCCCCCGGCGCCCUGCUGGCCAACCUGGCCGACGAUGGUCUUGUCUUCCACGAGACUCACACGUUGCAGCGUGCUGACAUGGCCACCUUCUGCCGCACUGUUGGCAACAAGUCAGAAGCUUGUGUGGAUCGCGGCCAGCCGCGUUUGUAUGCUCCCAUGGACUAUGCCAUUGUUGUUGGGUGGCGCGCAGUCAUCCGAGCCAUCUUUCCUGCAAACAUUGACGGCGAUCUGCUCAAGUUGGUGCACUUGUCCAACGGGUUCCGCCUGCUUCCCGGACCCGCGCCGUACGCCCACUCGUCUUCGUCGUCGCCGCUGCUGGCCGAGGGCGAAACUGUCCACACCCGUGCCUUCAUCAACGCCGUGGUCAACGAAGAGUCGGGCAAAAUGGUCGAGGUCAAGGCCGUGCUUUCCCGCGAAGGCGUCGACUUGCUCGAGCUCACCAGCCGCUUCUUCUUCCGCGGCAAGUUUGUCUCGGCCGCCGACGCUGCCAACGCGUUCCGCAUCGUUGACGAAGUGCCCAUGGAACUCACGCUCUCGGGUGCCAAGGAGGUUGCCGUGCUGCUGUCCAAGCCUUGGAUGACCUGGGCGAGCGAUGCCGUCCGCGACCAACACGUCGUCCCCGGUGCUGUGCUCACCUUCCGCUUCCGCUCGCUGCAGCGCUUCAAAGAGGCCAACACCUUUGCCCACAUUGUCUCCACCGGCUAUGUGACUGCUCAGACCUCCGCCAAGGAGACGGUGCGCAUUGGCACCAUCCGCUACGAGUGCGCAGAACCCUCCAAGGGCAACCCCGUCACUGCCUUCCUGGCCCGCUUGGGUCGUCCCGUCGAGCAGGCCGUGUACUUUGAGAACGGUGGCUAUUCCGUCAUGCCCGACCCCGACAAGUUUUCCGCCUCGUUCCGCUGCCCGGAAACCAACCACGCGUACUCUGUUGCCUCUGGGGACUGCAAUCCCGUUCACACCAACCCCUACUUUGCCGACCUCGCUGCGCUCCCCGACACCAUCACGCAUGGCAUGUUCACCAGCGCUGCGACUCGCCAUCUCGUCGAAGUCUUUGCGGCCGAGAAUGUUCCCCACCGCGUUUCGGCGUAUGAUGUCCGCUUCACUGCCAUGGUGCUGCCAGAGGACACUCUGACCGUCUCUCUGCGCCACGUCGGCAUGCGCAACGGACGCCGCAUUAUUCGCAUCGAGACGACCAACCAGCGUGGCGAGCGUGUGCUCGAAGGCGAGAGCGAGAUUGAGCAGCCUGUCACUGCGUACGUGUUCACCGGCCAAGGCUCGCAAGAGCCUGGCAUGGGCAUGGACCUGUACAAGUCGUCCGCCGUCGCGCGCAAAAUCUGGGAUCGCGCAGACCGGUACUUUGUUGAGAGUUAUGGGUUUUCCAUCCUUGACAUUGUCCAAAACAACCCCAAGGACAAGACGGUGCACUUUGGUGGACCCAAGGGCGAGCGCAUGCGCAAGACGUAUCAAAGCAUGACGUACGAGACUCCCGUGGACCCCGCCAACGCCGAGAGUGGCGCAAUCAUCGCGCGGCCCCUCUUCCCUGAGAUUGACGACUCUACUCUGUCCUACACAUUCCGCUCGCCAGGCGGCUUGCUGUACGCGACCCAGUUUACCCAACCCGCUCUCACGCUGAUGGAAACGGCAGCGUUUGAGGACAUGCGUAGCAAGGGGCUUGUGCAGACUGACUGCAUCUUUGCUGGCCACUCGCUUGGCGAGUAUGCCGCGCUCUCUGCAAUCGGUCAGGUCCUUCCCAUCGAGUCGCUGGUGGACGUUUGCUUCUAUCGCGGCAUGACCAUGCAGGUGGCUGUUGCCCGAGACGCUCGCGGGCGCUCGCAGUACGGCAUGUGCGCUGCCAACCCGGCGCGUGUCGGAAAGGGCUUUAGCGACCAGGCGCUGCGGUUUGUGGUCGAUCGCAUCUCGCGCUCCUCCAAGCAGCUGCUCGAAAUUGUCAACUACAACGUGGAAAACUGGCAGUACGUGUGCGCUGGCGAAAUUGGAUGCCUCGAAACGCUGACCAAGGUCUUGGACAAGAUCAACGAGCAGCGCAUUGACUUGGCAAGCCUGCUUGCAAAGUCCUCGUUGGCUCAGGUCCAGCAGCAGUUGCAAACGCUGGUCGAUGAGAUGGUCAUUCUGGUCGCCGAGAAGCGUCAGGCGCUUGGCGAUGCAUUUGCCCUCGAGCGUGGCACAGCGACCGUGCCGCUUGUUGGCAUCGACGUGCCAUUCCAUUCCAAGUUUUUGCUUAGCGGCGUGGCGCCCUUCCGCAAGUAUCUUGCCAAGCGCAUCAACCCUCGCUUUGUGGAUGUCCAGUUGCUCAGCGGCAAGUACAUUCCCAAUCUCGUUGCCAGCCCGUUCUCGCUCUCACGCGAGUACAUUGAGAUGGUCGCCAACUACUGCGGUUCUGCCAAGUUGGCUGCACUGCUGCGCGACUGGAACGAGACCGACCUCUCCAAUCCGGAAGAGCAGCAAAAUCUCGGCUUUAUUCUGCUGGUCGAGCUGCUUGCCUACCAAUUUGCGUCGCCCGUGCGCUGGACUGAGACCCAAGACCUUCUCUUUGGCCGAUUCGGAGUUGAGCGCCUGAUUGAGAUUGGUCCUGGCCCCACGCUCUGCGGAAUGGCUCAGCGCACCCUCAAGCUCAAGUACGAGGCCUACGACGAAGCUGUCACGCAAGCGCGCGCCACUUUGUGCUACGGCAAGGACUCUGACGCCAUUUACUACCGUUUGGGCGACGCUGCUCCCGUCGCUUCGGCCGGAGCUGCCGCAGAGUCGAAAAAGCCCACUCGCGCCGCAGCAGCUGCAUCUGCACCUGCACCCGCACCCGCACCCGCACCUGCGCGCCCCGCGCCACCAGCUCCCGUCUCACACGGCCCUGCUGCAGCAGUGCCAGACGAGCCAGUGUCGGCGGAUGAGGUUGUGCAUGUGACUGUUGCGCACAAGCUCAACAAGGCGUUGGCGGACGUGCCUGCGACCAAGACCAUCAAAGACCUGGUGGGCGGCAAGUCUACCUUGCAGAACGAGAUUGUCGGCGACUUGCACAAGGAGUUUGGCUCCAUCCAGACCGAUAAACUCGAGGAAGCCUCGCUCAAGGACAUUGCUGGCAACCUUGCCGCGUCCUUCUCUGGUACCCUUGGCAAGCACACUUCCUCCCUUGUGACCAAGAUGGUGGGCUCCAAGAUGCCUGGCGGAUUUGGCCUUUCGCAGGUCCGUGCCUAUCUGGCCUCUGACUUUGGGCUGGGCGCCGGGCGUGCAGACGGCGUGCUCCUGCAUGCGUUGGUGAUGGAUCCAGCGUCGUCCCAGACGCGCUGCAACACCGAGGACGACGCCAAGCGCUGGCUCGACUCUGUUGUCACAUCCUAUGCGGCAUACAAAAAGCUCCCCAUUAGCAAGGGCGCUGCUGCUGCUGCUGCCCCAGCUGCUGCUGUCAUGGCCUCCGCCGCGCCUGCUGCCGCCACUGGCGGGCAAGCUCAGCCAGAUGCUCCCGUCUCGCCGUUGCACUUUAUUCGCACCAUUAUCGCCGUCAAGCUCAAGCGCAAGCCCAGCGAGGUGCCCGAAUCCAAGUCGAUCAAAGACUUGGUGGGUGGCAAGUCGACCUUGCAGAACGAGCUCCUUGGCGAUUUGCAGGCCGAGUUUGGUGAAAUUCCUGGCAGUGACACUGCACCGGAAGUGCCCAUCGGCGAGCUUGCCAAGAGCAUUGGUGCCAACUACGUCACGCUUGGCAAGCAGUCCAAGACUUUGCUUGCGCGCUCGGUCGCGAGCAAGCUGCCGGGCGGCUUUGGCCUCCCUCAGCUGAAGCAGACGUUCGCCGGCAUGGGCUUUGGCGAAGGUCGCCAGGACUCGCUCUUGCUUCACGGCUGUGCGGUCGAGCCACCUGCACGUCUCAACUCUGAAGACGAGGUCAAGUCGUGGGCGCAGGCUGUUGUUGCUGACUUUGGUGCCACCUACAACAUUUCCGUCUCUGGCGGCGCGGGUGGUGCCGGUGCUGGCUCUGCUGGUGGUGCGGGCGUGAUGGUCAACAGCGCACAAGUCACCGAGAUGCAAGUGCGCCAAGAUCGGCUGAUUCGCGACCAGAUUGCCGUUUUCGCCGACUAUCUCCGCCAGGAUGUGCACUAUGCCGAAAAGCUGCUCCAGACCGAAUCGCAGAGCCGCCAGCUCCUGCAGGAAGAGCUCGACCUGUGGCAGAAGGAGCAUGGUGACUUUUACGCUCAGGGCAUCCGCCCCAUGUUCAACCGACUCAAGGUUCGCGUGUAUGACUCGUCCUGGAACUGGGCACGCCAAGAGGCGCUCCAGAUGUGGAGCGACAUCCUCUCUGGCACGGUCAAGGUGGUUGACCGCGCUCUGCACAUUCGCAGCCUCAACAUUGUCAACCGCGCCUCGGCUUCGUUGGUCGAUUUCAUUCUGUACCACAUCCAGCCCUCGCAGCACCGCCCAGAGCCCGAGCACAAGCUCGUGUACGAGCUUGGCACUCUGCUCGCGGGCCUGGUUCGCGAGGCGGCCGCUUCCCCGCCGCGCUAUCGCGACCUGACCCUGCUGACCGCACCCAGCACUGAAGUGCUCGAGGACGGCACCGUCGCCUUCCAAGAAACCAGGCGACAGGGCGUGUCCAAGCUCGAGCACUAUGUGAAUGAAAUGCGUCGCGGUGUCGUGGCUCCGGCUCGUCUCUCCUCGGAGGAGCAGGCGUCGUCGGUUGUCAGCGCCAGCAAUUCCACUUCCACGCUAAAGACGCCGUCGUCCUCUGCUGAGAAUGCAAACGCCGCCGAGAUGAGCGAAAUCGAGCACAAGACGUACAAGAAGCUUUGCGAGCUGCGCCGCCUCCAGUCCCCAGGCCGGCCGGCGCGCAAGGACCGCCGUCGACGCGUGCUGGCAGACAUUCUCAGGCUGUUGUCACUCAACCCUCAUCCUGUGGCGUCCAAUCAAAAGCUCUUUGGCUUGCUGCUUGCGAUGGCCUCCGGCUCGCCUGCCACGUCUCUCGUGGCUACCUCGAAUGGCGGGUCUGCCAGCAGCAGCUUCCGCCAGCACCGUCUGCCCUUCUUGUCGCUCAAGAAGCGCUCGCCGUACGAUCCGUCCCACUUUGUGCACGACCGCAAGUCGACCACCAUGUUCUUGAAUGCGCUGACUGACAUGGCUGUGAACGGCGUCAGCUUUGCAGGCCGCACCGUGCUCAUGACGGGCUGCGGCGCCGGAUCCAUUGGCGCCGAGGUCCUUCGCGGUCUGUUGAGUGGCGGUGCGCGCGUUGUCGUGACGACUUCGUCGUUCGGUCGCCAGGCCACCGAGUUUUACCGCAGCAUUUACGAAGAGAAGGGAGCCAAGGGCAGCUCGUUGGUGGUUGUGCCCUUCAACCAGGGCGCCAUGCGCGAUGUCGAGGCGCUGGUUGGCUACAUUUUCGACGACGUCAAGAACGGCGGCCUUGGAUGGGAUGUCGACUUUUUGAUUCCAUUCGCAGCCGUGAGCGAGAAUGGCCGCGAGAUUUCGGACAUUGACUCGCGCUCGGAACUCGCACACCGCGUCAUGCUCACCAACCUUCUUCGUCUUCUCGGCGCCAUCAAGACGCGCAAGCACGCCGCUUUUGCCGUCACCCGCCCGUGCCAGGUCAUUUUGCCCCUAUCGCCCAACCACGGCAUUUUCGGCGGCGAUGGUCUGUACAGCGAGUCCAAGGUUGCCCUCGAGACGCUCUUCCAGCGCUGGCAUUCGGAAAGCUGGGGACAAUAUCUGUCCAUUGCAGGCGCAGUCAUUGGCUGGACGCGCGGCACUGGAUUGAUGGCUGCCAACAACUUGAUUGCUCAGGGCAUUGAAAAGCUGGGCGUGCGCACCUUCUCGACCACCGAGAUGGCCUUCAACCUUCUUGGUCUGAUGCAUCCCACCAUUGUCAAAGCGUGCCACAACGAGCCUCUGUGGGCCGAUCUGACUGGUGGUCUUCAUUUGCUCUCCAACCUGAACACUGCCACCCUCGCGCUGCGCGCCGGCAUCUCAGAGACCUCCACUGUUCGCAAGGCAGUGCUGGCCGACAAGAAGCUCGACGCCGAGGUUGUCCGUGGUGUCUCCAACACCAAGCGCCCAGCGGCCAAUGGCCCAUUGGCACGACGCGCCAACUUGACCAUCACCUACCCCACCAUUCCCGACCACGAGUCGCUGGUCAAGGAGUUUGGCAAUGCGCGCGGCUUGUUGGAUUUGGACCGAGUCGUUGUCAUUACCGGCUAUGGUGAAGUUGGACCUUUCGGAAGCGCUCGCUCGCGCUGGGAGAUGGAGAGCUACGGCCAGUUCUCGCUCGAGGGCUGCGUCGAGCUUGCGUGGGUCAUGAAUCUCAUCACCUUCAACGACGGGCUCAAGCUCCCCGACGGCUCGCGCUACACUGGCUGGACGGAUACGGCAACCUCCAAGCCCGUGCGCGACGUCGAUGUCAAGAAGAAUUACGAAGAAAAGAUUCUGGCCCACACUGGCGUCCGCUUGAUUGAGCCCGAGCUGUUCGAGGGCUACGACCCCAACCGCAAGAUGCUGCUCCAGCAGGUUGCUCUCGACCGUGACAUGAAGCCGCUGGAAGUGUCCAAGGAAGAAGCGAACAACUUCCGCCUGCAGCACGGCGACAAGGUUGACGUCGUUCCCGUCGAAGGGGACACCUCUGGCGAUCGCUGGGUGGUGACUCUCAAGAAGGGCGCUGUCCUCUACAUUCCCAAGGCGCUCAAGUUUGACCGACUGGUGGCUGGACAAAUCCCAACUGGCUGGGACGCCAAGCGAUAUGGUCUGCCCAAAGACUUGGUCGACCAGGUGGACCCCGUCACGCUCUAUGUGCUGGUCUCGACUGCCGAGGCCUUCAUGUCCAGCGGCGUGUGCGAUCCCUACGAGUUCUACGAGUAUGUGCACGUGUCUGAGGUGGGCAACACGUCGGGCGGUGGCGUUGGUGGCAUGCGCUCCAACAUUCGCAUGUACCGCGACCGCUUCCUCGACAAGCCCGUGCAGUCGGACAUUUUGCAAGAAAACUUUAUCAACACCAUGCCUGCAUGGGUCAACUUGCUGAUGCUGUCUUCGUCCGGUCCGAUCAAGACGCCCGUCGGCGCCUGUGCCACGGCGGUCGAGAGUGUUGAGAUUGCGGUCGACACCAUUCUGAGUGGCAAAGCCAAGGUGGUGAUUGCUGGUGGCUAUGACGACUUCCAGGAGCAGGGUUCCAACGAAUUCGCUUCCAUGAAAGCCACAAGCAACUCUGUCGACGAGUUUGCCAAGGGACGCGACCCGCGCGAAAUGUCUCGUCCUGCCACUUCCACCCGUGCUGGCUUUAUGGAAUCCCAGGGCGCAGGCAUGCAAAUCCUGAUGCCCGCCAGCCUGGCCAUCCGCAUGGGUGUGCCAAUUUAUGGCAUUGUCGCUCUCACCAACACGGCCACCGACAAGGAGGGCCGUUCGAUCCCUGCCCCUGGCCAAGGCAUUCUCACGACUGCGCGCGAGGCGACCUCUGCUGGCUCGCCCAGCAUGAUGCUCAAUACUGCCUACCGCCGCCGCCAGCUCGAGUUCCAGCUGGGCAGCGUCGACCGCUGGGUUGAAUCGGAAACGGCCUUUGCGCACGAAUCGGUGAGCAGCCUGGCCAGCCCCUCCGAACGCGACCGCGCCCUUCACGAGCAGCUUGCUCAGAUCCAAUCCGAGGCCACCCGUCAGCGCAACAUGGCCAGGAUGGCCUGGGGCACAGACUUUUGGCGUGGCAACCCUGCGAUUGCGCCGCUGCGCGGAGCUCUGGCCACUUAUGGUCUCACUGUUGACGAUAUCGACGUGGCUUCCUUCCAUGGCACUGGCACCAAGGCCAACGACUUGAACGAGUCGGAGGUUCUUUCCAUGCAGUUGGCGCAUCUCGGCCGCACCAAGGGGAACGCCGUCCCGUCCAUUUUCCAAAAGUACCUCACGGGCCACCCCAAGGGCGCCGCUGCAGCAUGGAUGCUCAACGGUCUGCUCCAGGUGAUGGAGCACAACAUCAUCCCUGGCAACCGCAACGCGGACAACAUUGACGCGGACUUGAACAAGUUUGAGUUUAUCUUCUACCCGUCGCGUGCCAUCCGCACGCCGCGAAUUCGCGCUGGCCUGCUCAAGUCCUUUGGCUUUGGCCAAGUCGGAGGCGAGGUCCUGAUGGUCAAUGCCAACUAUGUGUUGGCUACGCUGAGCGCAUCCGAGCUGGCCGACUACCAGAAGCGCCGCGAUGCCCGCAACCAGCAGUCCUUCCGCCAUCUGCACGACAGCCUCACGGGCUCCAAGCCAAUGAUUCGCAUCAAAACCGAGCCUCCAUACACUGCCGCCCAGCAGAACCAGGUCUAUCUCAACCCGCUUGCUCGUGCCUCGUACGACAAGUCCAAGCAGACCUGGUCCUUUACCAAACUCGGCUCCAAGCCUGCAGGCGUGACAGCAGCGGCUGCUCCGACCGCAAGCACGUCAACAGCGAACAAGCUUGCCUCCGACUCGACCUCGACCCCACAUGCUGUCUCGGUUGCACGACACCUUGUUGCCGAGCGAGCGCUGUCGUCGCCAGCCAGCCCGUCUGCGUCCCGACCCUCCAUGUCCAAGCUGAUUGCCGCUCAGCAGGACGAGCAGCGUGCCGGUGAAGUUGCCAGCAAGGCCGCCGGGCUUCAGCAACAGCUUCAGCAGCAGCAAAGCCAGCAAUUGCAGGCGGAUGCGAUGCGUGCCAUGCUCGAGACCAUGGCCACGAACGGAAACACUGUUGCGCCCGGCGGCUCGAACGACAGCAGCGUCUUUGCUAGUGGAUCGAGCACCCCGACCAUUGGUGCUGUGAAGGGCAUUGGCGUGGACGUCGAGCUCGUCACUGCCGUCAACAUUGACAAUGACGUGUUUGUCCAGCGCAACUUUACGCGAGGCGAGAUUUUGCUGUGCCGCUCGCGACCGGAUCCCCGCGCUUCAUUCGCUGGCCGUUGGUCGGCCAAGGAGGCCGUGAUCAAGGCUAUUACCAACAAGCACAUUCAGCAAACUGGCGGCAGCGGAUUGCCCGCCACCCCCGGUACUGGUGCUGGAGGUGCACCCGCCCCUCUUGGCUCGUCCUUCCCUUCCAGCGGCGCUCUGCCUCUCACCCCCGCCCCAUUGUCGGGCAUCUCACCGUCCCACCAAGCCUCAUUGUCUCAAGGCGCAUCGCUCUGGAAGGGAGCAGGCGCUCCUCUCAUUGACAUUGAGAUUCUGUCAACCGCUGCUGGCGCGCCGAUUGUUCUCCUGCAUGGCCACGCCCGUGAGGUUGCCUCCUACGUUGGUGUCUCCGACGUUCAAAUUUCUAUCAGCCACAGUGGCGAUUACGCUGUCGCGAUGGCCACAGCAAUGUAAAACCUGUUGUUGUAACCUGCUUUGUGUUUCUGCUGUCUGUGUAUGAG